UCACCUUUCACUUCAUCCAUCUCUACACAUCAGCAAUAUUUAGCUACACAGAGCUAUCUAGGAUUAGCUGAUCAGCAAUGGCAGGUGCUCCUCGAGGACUAGUUCUCCUCGGCGUUUGUGCCGUCUUGAUGGCGGUCGCCGUCGGCGGAGAGGCGGCGUCGGUGGUCGUCGGCACGGCCAAGUGCGCCGACUGCACCCGGAAGAACAUGAAAGCUGAGGAUGCUUUCAAGAACCUCCAGGUGGCGAUUAAGUGCAAGAACGGCAACGGCGAGUACGAGAGCAAGGCCACUGGAAAGCUCGACGGCACCGGUGCCUUCAGCGUCCCCCUUGACGCCGACCUCCACAGCUCCGACUGCAUCGCUCAGCUCCACAGCGCCACCAACGAGCCAUGCCCCGGCCAGGAGCCAUCCAAGAUCGUGCCAAUGUCGGAGGGCACCUUUGCUGCCGUCGCCGGCAAGACCCACUACCGAUCGGCGUUGUGCGCGUCCGUGACCAUCUGCGGCCCAAUCAAGAAGAAGAUCAUAGACCACUUCCACAAGAAGCCGGUGCCACCCAAGCCGGAGCCAAAGCCGGAGCCACCCAAGCCCAAGCCUGAGCCGGAGCACCCAUUCCUCGACCACAUCCACAAGAAGGAGAAGCACUUCUUCGACCACUUCCACAAGAAGCCCGUGCCACCCAAGCCUGAGCCUAAGCCCGAGCCCAAGCCGCAGCCUGCGCCAGAGUACCACAACCCUAGCCCUCCGGCGAAUUAAGCAAUGGAAGUUUGCAUGCAUGCAUGGUUCGUUUGGUUAGUACGUUUGGUGUUGUUGCAUAUGAUUUCCUGUCAUGUCAGUUUGUCUGCAGAAUAAUGGUUUUCUUUGAUGCAUUAGCUUUUACUCACAAGUUUAAUUUGUGUGUGUGUGUCUAUUUGUUUGGUAUCAGCAAGUAAUUAAUAUAAUCAGGGAUGUGCAUAAUAUAUGUGCAACUUGUUUGAUCUCAA